AUGACAGACGGAGAGAAACCUAAUGUGCCUGUGAAGGCCCUAGCUUCGCCCAAUAACCCUCCAGAGUCUCCAACUACAGCUCGGCCUUUGGAUUUUGACGAUGAACCUCAAGAGUCUGGCGUGGUUGCAGCACAAACAUCCGCCGCACCAUCCUCACAGCAGACACCGAGCAACGAUGAACCCCCCCCAAAACCACCUCGACCGCUCAGCCCCAUGCAACAGGCCGAAAAUACUUUGAAGGAAGUGUUUCCUAGCAUUGAUGCUAGUGUAAUAAAGGCGGUUUUGGUAGCUAGUGAUGGGAAUGUGGAAAGAUCAUUCCAUGCGCUGCUCGGCAUGUCGGACCCCAGCGCGCAAAUAGACCUGCCUCCUAUGAUGCCCCCGCGGCCGCCCAGGAAGGAUUCGCCCACCCAGCGACAGCUCGAGGCCGACGAAAUGUAUGCGCGCCAACUUGCGGAGCAUUACAGUGGAGCUUCCCAGCGUUAUAGAUCCCCCAACUCCUCAUGGGAUCAUGAACCUCAUUUGCCACGACAAUCAAGGGAAACAGGCCUGAAACCAAAUGAACUUUAUGAUGAUAGAGAGCAUAACUUUUUUGAUGAUGAUUUGCCUAUAAUUAAGGAAAAUAUCCGAAAGGGGUUCUUGGAGACGCAGACAAAAGUUACCAGCUGGGUUCAAAAUUUCAAGAAGAAACUCGAGGGCGACGAGGAGGAUGAGUACGGAAACACCCCACCUCGCCCUACACAGGGAUACGCUCAGGGAUACGGAGAGAGCCAAACCUAUCGAAUGAAACGGAGCGGGGAUGGCAGGCGAAGUGGUGAUCGUGAGAGGUACGAUGCGGAUCCCCAGGUCCUGGGUGAUGAUUUCUCCACGCUAGAGCUUAGAGAUUCCGAAGCUGAACCGCCCCGGUCAACACGACCUCUGGCAAACCCCGACCUUUUCAAGUCAAGCUCCCCAUCCCAUGAUCGACGAAAGGUCUCCUUCCAGGAAGGUCCUCCGGAAGAAAUCAGUGAAAGUUACCGUCCAGGCUCCGGCUCGAGCAACAACAAGCUGUCCACCGGCGGGAACAAAUCCAGUAAAUGGCAACCACUCUCUGCCGUUGAACCUUCUCCCGUUGGAGACAAUGAUCCUUUCAGCCUAGGCGACAGUGACGAUGAGAGGGAAAUCAAGAAUAAGGAUCUCAAGCCCGAUGAAACGGAGCAGGUGAGGAAGGCCGCAGCUGAAGCUAAGGCGGGGGAUAUUGGGUCCGAUCCGCCAAAGGCUGGAGACAAUGAUAACAAAAAGGACAAUAAGCCUGCGGCGGGACCUUAG